AGGACCUUGCAUAUGCAGCCGCCAUAUUCCGUGACAGUAUUUUGAUUCGUAUCUGCUGGAAGUCAGGAAAAAGAGAAAAGUAAAGGGCUUUUGAGGGGAGGGAGGGGGCUGAAGAAUAGGAGCUGUCAAAAAGUUGUUCCCGAGUCUCUGUCAAACGGCGCAGAGCUGAGGCUCUGUAUCCCUCCCCUGAACGCUAUUUGGAGGACACUCAAGGCCCGGGGCCUCGGCGCAUUUCACUCUUUGUCCCCCCGGUAGUAACUAGACUCCUCGGCUUAUCCUCUUCCAGCUGCGCGGCCCUCUGGAGGUCCGGUGGCGGUCUCGGGUGUAGAAGGCGGUUCAGGGAGCGGCGGCUGGCGGCAGCAGAGACGCAAAGAAGAUGUUCAAGAUGAAGGCGGUUUGCUGCCACAACUGAUGCCCCAGCCCCAGGGCGCCGAACAAAACGAGCAGUCCUGACCUGGUAACACACGAAUGGCCCAGGGAAGCCACCAGAUUGACAUUCAGGUUUUGCAUGACCUGCGCCAGAAGUUCCCAGAAGUCCCAGAGGGUGUUGUCUCCCAGUGUGUUUUGCAGAACAACAACAAUCUAGACGCCUGCUGUGAAUACUUGGCAAAGGUCAGUCCGGGCUACCUGUACAGCGAAGAAGGAAACCUCAGCUUCUCCGACGACCCCGGCUUCGUCAGGCUUCGCAAUCACAUGACCCAGCUGAACCUGGGCUUGCAAUCUCAGAAUGUGCACGUGGCCCCGGCCCGGGACGGCCCGAGAAUGAACGGCAGUCAAACUCUGGCCCACAGCCUGAGUGACGGGCCCCUUCAGAAAGGCCAGGCCCCAAACAGUGACUUCUUUCCGCCAGAGCCCCAGUCCGCACCAGUGCAGGUUCCAGCCAGCAUAAAUGUGUUUGGUGGCAUGGAGCCCACACAAAAGCCGCAGCCUCCGCAGCACCUCGGGCUCUACCCUCUUGGGGUCAAAGGAUCGAACAUGGGUGUCCAGCAGGCCCCGCGCUUCAACCCCAUCACCGUGACGCUAGCGCCCCACAUUCAGACGGGCCGCAAUACACCCACCUCUUUGCACAUACAUGGCGGUCCACAAACAGCCCUCGGCAGUCCACAGGGUAACUCCAUCUACAUCAGGCCCUACGUCAGCCAGUGUGGUACGACCCGGCAGAACCACCACCAGCAGCAGCUGCAGGGGAGCCGGGCCCAGUACAGCCCCACCUCCCAGCCGCAGCAGCAGAUCUACCAGAUCUCACACCAGUCUCCCUGGUCUGGCCCCCAGCACGCCGCCUCCUCGCAUACCUCACAGCACCAGAUGCAGGGCCACCAGACCUCUCACGUCUACAUGCCGAUCAGCUCUCCCACCAAUCCCCAGGCGCCCUCCCUCCUCCCCACCGGAGGCCAGGCCUCGUCCUCCGGCGUCUCUUCGUGCUCCUCCACCACCUCCUCCACCUCCUCAAUUAUGCCCACCUCGAUGCCAACCAUCAGCCAGUACAACAUUCAGAACAUCUCCACCGGCCCGCGGAAGAAUCAGAUCGAGAUCAAACUUGAAUCUCCUCAGAGGAGCAACUCCACGACUGCCGUGCUGCGGACAAGCAGCGGGUCCCGGUCCUCCUCCACGUCCUCCUCCUGCCCUUCCUCCUCCUCCUCCUCGUCCACUUCCUGUUCAGCCGGGGUUACCACCGUCCCCACCGCUCCUCUCUCCAUCGGAGGCCCGGGCCUGAGUCGCAGCCAGCCCACUGUUUACAUCUCUGCCAGUCCGCCGGCCGCUGCUACAGCCCCCUCCGAGGAAGCUGUCGCGGCCUCAGCCGGCUCCCGCUCUCAGCCCAAGUUUUACAUUUCUGCCAACGCCUCCAGCGACGACAGUGGGGGUAGGAACCCUCCCACAGUCUACAUCUCAGCCAACCCUCCGUUGCAGGGGCCCUCGGGUUCCAGGAACAUGGGGGGCCAGGUGAGCAUGGGCCCCGCGUACAUCCACCACCAUCCACCAAAGUCCCGUCCCUCUCUGGGAGUGGGAGGCACGGCUUCAUCCCCGCGCGUGGUGGUGACACAGCCCAACACCAAAUAUACUUUUAAGAUCACCGUGUCCCCCAAUAAGCCCCCUGCGGUGUCCCCCGGAGUCGUGUCCCCUACGUUUGAGCCCAACAACCUCCUCAGCCUACCCUCAGACCACCACUUUGUGGAGCCCGACCCCCUCCAUCUGUCUGACCCGCUGUCGGCACACAGGGAGAAGCAGAUUGAGCCGCGAAGACUCAGCAUGGGCUCCGACGACGCGGCGUACACACAAGCGUUGUUGGUCCAUCAGAAGGCCCGCAUGGAGAGGUUGUGGCAUGAGCUGGAGCUGAAGAAGAAGAAGCUGGAGAAGCUAAAAGAGGAGGUCAAUGAGAUGGAGAACGACCUGACCAGGAGACGGCUGGAGAGAUCCAACUCGGCCUCCCAAAUCCCUUCUAUUGAGGAAAUGAAGCAGCUGCGGUGCAGAAACCGGGUACUGCAGAUCGACAUUGACUGCCUCACCAAAGAAAUUGAUCUUCUUCAAACUCGAGGACCACACUUAAAUCUUAGUGCAAUCCAUAACUUUUAUGACAACAUGGGAUUCCUUGGUCCUCUCCCACCCAAACCCAAAGGUACUUUAUCUAUCGACCCGGGCAGUAAGAUUGUGAAGCCCAUCGCAGACCAGGAGGAGGACGAGGGGCUGCAGUGGAACUGCACCGCCUGCACCUUCCUCAACCACCCCGCCCUCAACCGCUGUGAACAGUGCGAGUUCCCCCGGCACUUCUGAGCCAAAAAGGGUGAGCCGCCCCUCCGCCCGACAGACCACAAUAGGGAAAGAAAAGGGCGGCUCUUGUUUCCUCUGUUACUCACCGUAUGAAAACUCUGGGGCUGGUGGGGUUCUGUUUGGUUUUCCUUCAUCCCUCCUCUCGAAGGUUUGUAGUGCUGUCAUUGAAGGCUUGACUGGACGGUGUUUUUACGGCAAAGUCGGACAACACCUCACCUUUAGAGACCCGGAAACCAGGAUUGAGUCCACUCGGCGGGUGAUACUUUUCCCCCGGGGAUACCUCGCUGCUGCCACUUACAGUAUUACGAGUGUGGCCCUGCAGUAUGACGGCACGCACACACACACACACACCAGCACAUAAAUAAACACACCUGCACAAAACCGGUGCAAAUGUGCCUUUUGCUAAUUACAUUUGAGUUUUUCUCUGUAGAAGCAACGAUCGGGAAAUUGGGAACUGUGUUUGGCCAUUGCUCUCCACUUGAAGGGAAAACUAACAGACUAACCGUGGGAUUUUUUAAAGGAUGGUCAAAAAGGGGGAGCCAGCAGUGCCACUUGGACGUGCCUCUCUCUCUCCACCCCUUCAGCAUCCCCUUUUCUGUCUCCUCUGUCCUGAGAUAAUGAAACCAGGACAAGUUGCAUGCUUUGUGUACAGUACACAGGGGUGAAAACUCUCCUCAAGCUUUUUACUGUACAUAAUUUUUAGAAUGUGCCAUGAAAGCCUUCUUCCUCACACUAUGAAUCACAUGUAUUUCCUGUAAGUAUAGCUUUGUAGACUUUAUUAACUUUUUUUUUAGUUUUUUGUCUCAUUUUGCUUCCCUCUUUCAAACAAAAAUAAGCACCGUUCUCCCCCCCAAAAAAAGGGAAAAAACGUUUUUAGGCUUGAUUUCUGUGAGAGUUGAAGCCUUGCAGAAGGAGAGUAGCAGAGCAGUUAAAUUGCAGUCACCAUGAAGCCACGUCCUGCCCUGUGCCCUGUGCCCUGUGCCCUGUGCCCUGUGCCCCGUGCCCUGUGCCCUGUGCCCUGUGCCCGGUGCGCUUUCAUGCGUUUCAGGAUGUCAAAUACGUUUGGACUGUUGGGGAGGAAAGGUUUGGGAGGGGGUCAUUGAGCAAAAAUUAUAACCUGCCAUCUUCUCUGACAACUGGAAUGUAGGUCUAAUGUUUUGGGGACAACUACACUUUAGUGCAAAGAGACACUUUUUCCAGAACAAUCAGGAAGUCACUGCAGAUCUGUGGAGCGUCUGAUUGGGUGAAAGGUCUCCGUAUCUUUCUUUUUUUUUUCUCUGGGAGGUAACAAUGAACAUCAACAUGAACACAUUGUGGUUUAAAGUAUACCUAUGAUGUAGAAAUAUUCAUAUGGGUGCCAUGUCUUUUUCUACACAGACCACUCAAGAUAGUUCCAAUUUGAUGGAAGCAGACAUGUCCACGUUGUAUACUCUUUGCAUUUGGCUCAUUUCAUCCUUCCAAGCGUUUAUUGAUGAGGGUGUUUCUAAAGUUUACUUAUUGUCAUUACCUUACCUUAACUGUGGAGUAGUUACUUUGUUUUUGUUUUUUUCCACACUUGUGAAACGUUGCCUUGUGUCAGUGCCUUAGACCCAUUGAAUUUGUAUUGAUUUAUCUAUUCUGUCACAUCAGAGUGCCAUUUUUAAAACCAAAAUGUUCGUAAUGUUUAAACCCAUUUAAAAGUAGAAGAUGGAUUAUUGUCUCUUAAGCACUUACGCCAUACUUGUAUCUUUUUUUUUUUUUUUUUUCCAAUCCAAAGAAACCAGUUUUCAGCUUUGUCUGCACCUUGUUGUGAAGAGGCAGUUCAUUCAUGUUUUAUUAAAUGGAAAAAAAUCAUUUGGAUAUCUAAAGUGUUUCUUUGAUUUUAGCUGGGAAAACUGUCUUUGUAACAGAUAAGUUAUUUGUAAAAAUAAUUAAAAUCUAUUCUGAGUUGUU